GGUGGACCCGAUUCCCUACGACACUCCCAAACCAGCAGGACACACCCGGUUCGUGUGCGUUUCGGACACGCACUCGCGUACAGAUGGCGUCCAGAUGCCCUACGGCGACGUGCUGCUGCACAUGGGCGACUUCACCGAGCUGGGGCUGCCCUCCGAGGUUAAGAAGUUCAACGACUGGCUAGGUGGCCUCCCGUACGAGUUUAAGGUGGUGAUCGCCGGGAACCACGAGCUGACCUUCGAUAAGGACUUUAUGGCCGAGCUGGUCAAGCAGGAUUACUACCGAUUCCCGUCGGUCUCCAAACUCAAACCAGAGGACUUUGACAAUGUCCAGUCGCUGCUCACAAACUGUGUGUACCUGCAGGACUCGGACGUCACCAUAAAGGGAUUUCGGAUAUACGGGACGCCAUGGACUCCGUGGUUUAACGGCUGGGGGUUCAACCUGCCUCGGGGUCAGUCUCUGCUGGAUAAAUGGAACCUCGUCCCCGAAGGCAUCGACAUCCUGAUGACCCACGGACCGCCGCUCGGGUUCCGAGACUGGGUUCCCAAGGAGCUGCAGCGGGUCGGCUGUGUGGAGCUGCUCAACACGGUUCAGAAGAGGGUGCGACCCAAACUUCACGCCUUCGGAGGCAUACAUGAAGGGUACGGGAUCAUGACGGACGGCUACACGACGUUCAUCAACGCGUCGACCUGCACCGUCAGCUUCCAGCCCACCAACCCUCCCAUCGUGUUCGACCUGCCCAACCCCUCCAGCUCCUGAGACCAGAGGACCGGGGGGCUGGGAGGGUCGCGGGGAGGGGGGGCUGGAUAAACUACUUCUUUUUCUAUAAAUAAUGUCAAGUUGAAGAAAAAAAAAUAAAAAUAAAAAAUUCUAAGUGUUUCUUUGCAAAAAAAAAAACAAAAAAAAUGUUUUUUGGUCUUCUCCGAGCUGUCGUUGGGAAGACUUGAGGCUCGUCUCGUGUUCGCCGACCGCACGUCCUCCAUUCCUUUAACUCGACUAAAUGAGACGCCUCAUGGUGGUUGGUUUAAAGCAACGUCGGGUCAGUUUUAGGCAGGAAGGAGGACGCUGGAGUUAGUGACAUGAGACGAGCCUUUGGAGACGUCGGGUCGGGAAUUCGUGUGGGAGCAUUAAAGGAGAAUACCGGUGUUGUGUCUCUUGUUUUUUCUCUGAAGCUUGUGCCAACAAUCCUGCUUUUUCCUUUUGCGAUCACAGUCGGCAUAGCUGCAGAUAUCACAGCCUCUUCUGGUUUUUCACAACUGCAAAAGCAACCAAGCGAGAUGAUCCACGAAGGAACUUUUUAUUUUGUCAGCUCUGCUUCAUUUCAGACUCGUCUUAGCAACGGAAAGAAAUGGUUAAAAAAAAUAUAUAUUCCACUAGAACAUGAAGAGAGUCAUGAUUUCAGCUCGUAAGCUCACAAAACUUUGCAUCUUUUGUCAUGAUCUGAAAUGGAUUUUCUUCUUUUUGUUACCACAAAACACGUAAAUAUGUCAAGAUCUCAGAAAACAUUUUCGCUCUCCGGCCUUCCGCACUGCGCUGUCACGACAUCUGCAUCUUUGCUGGGUGUUUUUGUGACCUGACAGCCGUUAAUUUGGACAAAAAAGCAAAACCAGGCGUUAAAAGUCAACCGUUUGAGUGGAAUAUGAAGCUGUGGAUGUGGCUGACACCGGUAUUCUCCUUUUCAGAGGGAUUUUGUGGUUAAACAAUCUUGCUCUUGAUAAAUAUUGGUCAGAUCUGUAAGAUAAAUGAUGCUUUGUGAAUUUGUACAAUUUCUUUACGUUUGGUUCGGCCAGACAAUGGAUGCCAUCGUUUAUGUUGUGUCAUCUGAUAUUUUGUGAUUAGGUUCUUCUGUUUUCUUUUUCAUUUUGUUUUGUUUUUUUUUUUCUCGUCAGUUUCUCUUUUCCUUAUUGGCUGACAGGGACGCUGCCUUAAACUAGCUUUAAUGUUCUCAGCUAGAGCCCCACUCUCUGCGAGCUCAGAGAAAAGUCCUUAUUUAUUACCCAUCAUCCCCGCAAAACAACACCUGACCAACGCAGGGACGGAAAGCUAUCCAAUUACAGCCUGAAAAAUUCACUUUGUAUCAUCCCAUUAUGGAUUUCUGAUCUAAUUUGGAAAAUGUAUGUAUAAAAAAAAAGUAUAUAUAUUAUAUAUUCAUGUUGUAAAACAUCUGUACUAAAAGUUGUGUUUGACGGAAAAAAAACAAAAAAAAAAGAAAAUGAGGUGCAUUUUUUUUCUGUGUGCACCUGUAUGAUUGCCAUGUUUCUUUAAUGCUCCCAUCAGAAGUUUCUUUCAUGUUUUUCUAUGGACUCUCCCAGUAGGGUAGACGCUCAUUUCGGAUGAGAGAGGAAAGAAUUUGUCAGUCACAAUCCAACAGGUGCUGAUUGUUCCCAACAACACACCUGCCUAAACAUGGUUAAGUUGUCUUUUUAAAAGUGUAAAUCUGAUAGUAUUUGUGUUUUAUUGCUUUUUUUUUUUGUUUGUUUGUUUGUUUUUUUUCUAAUUUUGCACUGUGUGUAAAUGCAAUCUUGCUAGCACAAAAAAAAAUGUUGCCAAUAGUUGUCUCAACUCUGCCGCUGUAAAUGCUCUUUUCGUGCUCCGUUCCUCUCUCGCUCUCUUUCUCUGAUUGUAUCCCUCUUCAUGGAAAUGUUAGUUCUCUCUUUCAGUUCAUUGUGAUAUAUUUAGCUGCCUUUAUAUGCAAAUAAAAUUGCAAGAUUUUUACUUAUGAAA